GGGUAGUUAACGUUAAUGUUUGCAUGAGCAAAAACUUCCUAAGUCUAGAUCUUCUGUUCUCCUGACUUCGUCGAACAAGGAAGUGAUUAUUUCGUUUUAAAGAUUUGCGUCCAUCGCCUCUGAAUUCUAAACAAAGCUGUAGUUGUCUGAAGUCCAUCGAACAAAGGUAACGUUAUUUUGAUAGGAUGCGGUACACCUUAUAUAUUCGGACUGCCUUCGUCAUGCUGAUUGGGUUCUGGAUGGGCGAGGCUCAAGAAUGUGGUCGGCCACAAAUGCUGAACAGGAUAGUCGGAGGCUCCGCUGCGUCAGAAGGUGCGUGGCCGUGGCAGGUGGAUAUUCAGACUGAUGGUGAAGGACAUGUUUGUGGAGGAACUAUCAUCUCAGAGAAAUGGGUCCUGUCUGCUGCACAUUGCUUUCCCAACCCUAAUGACAUCUCCUCUUACAUGGUUUACGCGGGCCGGCAUCUGCUGAACAGCUGGAACUCGGACGAGACCAGCCAUAGGAUCCGCCGCGUGGUGGUUCCUCUGGGUUACACACACCCUCAGCUGGGUCAGGAUAUCGCUCUAGUGGAGCUGGCCACAGCUGUCCAGUGGUCUGACCGCAUUCAGCCUAUCUGCCUGCCAUAUGCCAACGUGGAGUUCAGCAGUGACAUGAGGUGCAUGAUCACUGGAUGGGGUAACAUCAGAGAUGGAGUUGCUCUGCAGGGCGUUGGGGCAUUGCAGCAAGUCCAAGUGCCAAUCAUUGACUCAAAGAUUUGUCAGGACAUGUUUCUGAUAAACCCCACAGAGAACAUUGACAUCCGCCGUGACAUGAUGUGCGCUGGAUUCCAGGAAGGAGGCAAAGACUCCUGCCAGGGCGACUCCGGCGGCCCUCUGGUGUGUCAGAUCAGUGAUGGAAGUUGGGUGCAAGCUGGAAUUGUGAGCUUCGGUCUGGGCUGCGCUAAACCAAACCGACCAGGAGUCUAUGCCAAAGUAUCCAGCUUCACUAGCUUCAUCCAGAACAAUAUUGGAGGAGUCCAGCUCAAGAGUGCAUCGAGUCCCAUCUGGGCUGACCGGGUCAUGGUGCUCAUCAGGACUCUGGUGCUCCUGGUAUUGGUGCAGCUGCUGAGAUAAACACACACUGAUCCUCGCACAAGCCAAAAACCUCUGCCCCAAAACACUGCCCUACAUAAAAAGAGAUUUUUAAUGCAAUAUGUAGUUUUUAAAUCCGUUUUUAAACAACUUUAUAUAAUGUAGUUUCCUAUUUGGGUUGUACCAAAAAUACACACCAAAUUAUUUUAAAUGAAAGAUAAAAGCAUGUCUUUUACCACUUGAGUAAUAAUAUCUUCUUUUUAUUAUUUGGAACUGUACUGAUUAACACUGAGAUGGUUAAACCAUGUAAUUAAACUGUGCAAAUAAUGCCAUUUUUAAACCAAAACGCUCAAAUUGUUCUCAUAGGCAGUUUAACAAAUGUGAGAUUUGACAAUGCAUACUGAAAUAUUAAUGGACACUUAUUUAAUCCAGCCUUUUGCACAGCAAUUAUAAAUGUUAUUUACCUCUGCAUCAAGACAUGUGAAAUGAAGAUCACCUGUACAACUAUUAUGUGAAGGAUUUAAUGUUUUUUUUAGAGUCAGUUGUAUAUUUGUAUCUCUUGGUGACCAUUUCUCUUAAAAUGCUGAAUAUAUAAUUUAUAAUAAAGUGAUUUUUGUAAUUGA